CCCGGAACCCAGCCGGAAUCCACCACACCUCACCUCUUAUUUUUAUGGCGAUACUAGCAGCAGUGUUUCUAACAUCACGUCUUCCAGCAGAGCUUGCUGCAGUCAGUGGGAUGGAGGAGGCGGCCAGGUGCUUCCUGGGGAGGUUUGUGGAGGAGUUCCCGGCUGCUCUGGAGGAAGGGGGUGCACUGCCCGUCAGCCCCCUGAGCAGCACAGCAUCUAUGGGGGAGAUGCAGGGAGAGAGCCUGGAGCUGGGUAUAAGGAUGCUGGCUGUAAGGGGGGCUCCUGCAGGCUUCAGUGCCCUCCUCUGCCAGGCAGCGCAGUCCCAGCUGCUGCAGGAAGACCUUUCACCUUUUCACUGCCCCCAGGAGGCUGAGGACAACCAGGAGGAGGAACAGCCAGUCGCCUUGCUUCAGUCGGAGGCAGUCCAACGGCUUUUCCUCAACAAGCUUAUAAAUGUGGCGCUGGCAUGGCAUCAAAACCUCCCUGAGCCCUCCCCCCCCCCUCCCCGCUUCCUCCGCUGCUCUGUCCAUGCCAUUAAGAACACGAGGAGGAAGAUGGAGGACAAACACCUGGCACUGGCUGAGUUCAACCAGCUGUUUGGUUUCAAGGACAGAGAGCAGUGUGCCUACUACGCUGUGUUUGACGGCCAUGGAGGGGUGGACGCUGCCACCUACGCUGCCACGCACCUCCAUGUGGCCCUGAGUAGACAGGAGACCCUGCAGAGGGACCCCGCCACUGCCCUGAAACAAGCCUUCACACACACAGACCUCAUGUUCAGGGGCAAAGCCAAGAGAGAGCGGCUGCGGAGCGGCACUACAGGCGUGGCUGUGCUGAUCCAGGGUCAGCAGCUGACCGUGGCCUGGCUGGGAGACUCUCAGGCCACACUGGUCAGAAAGGGACAGGCUGUGACGCUCAUGGAGCCCCAUAAACCAGACCGAGAGGAUGAGAGACAGAGGAUUGAGGAUCUCGGUGGCUGUGUCACCUUUAUGGGUUGCUGGCGUGUGAAUGGCACCUAUGCUGUAUCCAGAGCUAUAGGUGACUUUGACCAGAAGCCCUACGUGUCCGGAGAUGCUGACUGCUUCACCACCCAGCUGAGCGGGGACGAGGACUAUGUGCUGCUGGCGUGCGAUGGCUUUUUUGAUGCAGUCCAACCUUCAGAAGUCCCACAACUGGUCCUAGAUGCACUCAGGCAGUCUGAUGACCCCGAGGGCAUGCUGGAUCCAUCUGAGGAGACUGUGGGGGUGAGAGUGGCUCAGCAGCUGGUAGCCCAUGCCAAGGCAGCGGGCUCAUGUGACAACAUCACCGUGAUGCUGGUGUUCCUGCACCCACCAGAGCAGCUGCUGGGUCAGAGCUCCACCAUGGGACCAGCACAGUGAAGAAGGUCUGCUGCUCACACACCACUGGGCCAAGCUACUGCCUGACUCAGCAUUUCUCUGAACUUCUUCCUCCACAGUAUCUGUCCCAGAUCCUGCAGACUGGCAGAGCUCAUUAACACAGCAGGGCGGAGUCACUCUUUGCCCUGCUUUAACAAGAUCCUUUGAAUAAAGAUGUAUUGAAUGACGCAGGGGUCCAAAGGCAAAAGUGAUCUAAGGGCCUCUUCUGAGUAUCCUGCAGCCAAGCAUCCAGCCCAGGCUAGGUCUCAGUCAGUGGAGGAUGAGAGGAAUAAAGUCCACAAAUCGAGAUAUAGUCAAACUUACAGUAUAUGUGCAAAUGACUAUUAUCCACAGUGUUCCACAUUUCUACUUUAAAUGUGUCAUAUCAACUUUAGUCAAAACUCUUCGCCUUUAUACUAAAUUGACAUACGUUAUGAAGUUAAUAUUCAAAUGUUUUCUCAAUAUUUAAACUAUUUUCUUAACAUGUCUGUUACAUUCUACUAAUGCAAAAAAAAGGAGUAGCUAUCUCCCCCCUCCCGUUGGUUUCACUUACUGUAGGCCUGGCCCUGGUAGCCCUUCAUAAGUGUGUGAGUUAUUAUGUUCAGAAAAAGGUCAGCUUAAAGCACAGAAAUGCACAUGAUUCAGAUGUGUAUGACUUUGUUUUGGUCUUCAUUCUCUGUAUUACUGUUGUUGGUCAAUAUCAAAUGUUCUCUAUGCAUUAACCAUAUUUGAUUUUAAAAUGAAAUGUAGAUUUUGGGUCGCAAACAAUCUUUGAGCUCAUGUUUCGAAAAGGUUCAGUAUUUCAGGCUCUGCAGUGGGAUAGGAUUCACACUGACAUUAUUUCAAGUGUCUUCAACACUUUCAGCUGCAGCAAAUACUUUCAUUGGUGCAUGCAGGAUAGUGAAUCCAGAUGGAAGCUGUACUCUUCUGCUAUUAAGAGUAUUUAGCACUAUAAAGGAAGACGACGACGUGUUUAUUCAGUAGAUUUUGUAACUGGCCCCAUGCUGUGAUUUCUUUGGAAUAGUUACCAAUGGUUUGUUUUGAAUCAAAGUGACAUAGAACUUAAUACAUGCUGAGGUAAAGGAGUAUCAUUUACUCGAUCACACCCUUCUGACUCCUUUGUUUUUACACAUGUUUAACUGUUCUUUAUUGUGCCUUAUUGAAAACAUUAAUAUAGAUAUUGUUACAGCUGUUACGAUUUGAGUUGUAAUAUUGUGUAUUUCUAACAAGAUGAUGAGCUUUUUACAUACUAUUUACUAUCAACAGCUUCAUUAAAAUCAAUGAUAAAGGAAUGUGUAUGUUAAUACUGUUAUUAAAUCAUACAUCAGUA